AUGCCGAGGGUCGAUGAAGCCAGGCUUGUGCCGGCCACGGUCAGUUCGGCGAUCAUCUGCCUGCACAUGUUCGAGCAGAGUUUCAAGACGUCCAUCAACGCGGAGGUGGCGAUGCGCCACGCCUUGACAAUCUUUGUCAUCGCCAGCGCAUUGAUGACGUUCCAUGACACGUGCGAUCCGGCGGCAGCCUAUCCAGCGAUGGUGUCGUACAGCACCAUCACCGAGCAGCCGGCGUUUGUCGCCCUGCUGAGGUUCAGGUUUGGGCUCCCCUGCUGCCUCUGAUUCAGGAUAUCGUCCGUUGGCGACGUGUUGACCAACACGAUCAGUGAUUUUUGCAUUGACGCGGGUGCUGCUAUAGAAAGCCCAAUCGACGUGGAAAUCACAGUUGUUAGUGGGAAGGGGUUCCGGUGCAAGUCGGCCAUGAUAUGUGUCGUUUCCAUCGUGAAUGUCGGCCCGUUCGUUGUUCAGUAGACUAGUGUCCGCAUAUACGUCAUCUUCGCAAACAAAACGACAAGAGUCCUUUCCCCAAAAAGGCAGGUCUGCCAACUGAUCUGGAGCCGGAUCAAGAGAGGGUGGACUACACGUCUGUAUGCAUCGCCGAGAAUUGCUAAAGGGACGAGAAUUCCAGCUUCCAGGUUCCAGGCAGGGUUGUGCGGAGGGCGUCUAGGACACAUAGCUUGUUGACGUGGUUCGCGAACUCAAUAGGGCACGAGAUAGACAACAAACAAGACCAAAGCAACAAAGAACAUUGCUUGCACAGUGCCGAUCUUUUCAGGAGACAUCGUACCCACGGUGGCCGCGGCGAAAGGUUUUUUUGGGGUAGGGAUAUUGGAGUUGGGUUCCUCAAGAGGGUAUUUGGAGGUACAUGGCGGUCAGUGUCUGUGGUUCGUGCUUUGACCGUGUGCAUCGCAUCUUGCCCCCUACUGCCGCUGUCCUGGUCGUUGAAGGUGUGCUUGAUC